UCUCUUCAAAACAUCAUCAACUUCCAAUUAUCAUGGCUCAACCUCAAAAUUUCGACUAUCCCUUUUUCCCUUUUCCGCCACCGCAUGCUUUCCCGUUCCCACCACCCUCUCAUCCCAUUCCUCCACCAAACCUACCACCUCCUUUUCAUCCCAGUUCUUCACCAAAACCAACCCCUCCUUCAUCUCCACCAUCACCGACAAAGCCCUCAAACCCUCCUCCAACUCCAAUACCGAAACCACCGCCACAUUAUCUCCCUCCACCAAAGCCCUCAAGCCCUCCUCCAUCACCGAUACCUAAACCACCUCCGCAUUCUCUUCCUCCACCGAAGCCCACUAACCCCCCUCCAUCACCGAAACCAAAACCACCUCCACAUGCUCUCCCUCCACCAAAGCCAUCAAACCCUCCUCCUAGGCCGCCUCCACAUCAUUUGCCUCCACCAGCUCCAGCAGUAAAGCCACCACCAUUUCCACCGAAACUUCCACCACCACCUCCUCAUGUGGUACCCACUCCACCUCCUGCUCCUGGGCACCAUGCUACCAUCAUUAUUGUUUUUGUAUCUCUUGGAGGGCUUUUCUUUCUUGCAUUCCUCUCAGCAGCAUUGGUUUGCUUUAUCAAGAAGAGAAGAAAGAGAGUGAUGAAGGAAACUGAUGAUAUUACCGUCGAUGAACAGAUGCAUGUUCACGAAGAUAUCGUACGUGGUCCUCAUGGUGAACAAGCUGUGCUAGUAACCUUGGAAGAGGAUAUUCAUUCUCAUGAAACUCUAACAAAGGAUGAAAUUGUGGGCGGAAGAACCUCUCAUGCACAUCAUCCUCAUUCUUUCCAAGCAGCUGCACCUGCUUUUGACUCGGAUCAUCCCCAGAUUGCGAAUAAGAGCUCGUGAAUGAGAUGAAGAAUGAAGUAUAUACUACAAAAUCAUAAACUCCCAACACUGAGUGAAACAAGUAUAUUUCAAUAUUGCUUUAAUGUUUGCUGAUUGUUACAAAAUUGUUACAAAAUAAAGUUCAGAAUGCUUUUUUUUAUUUCAACUGAAUUACAAAAUUUGAAAAUUGUACCAAUAAGAUCUAAUAUUAAAUACAAAUUGCAA